GCUGGUCACUUCCGUGUUUGAAAUCCACCGAGGAAAUGCCUGAUCCGCAGAAAACAGCCGCCAAGAAGGAAACAGCCGCCAAGAAGGGCGCAAAGAAAGCUUUGCCGAAAUCCGCAGGCAAAGGGGGCAAGAAGCGCAGGAGGUCGAGGAAGGAGAGUUACUCCAUCUACAUCUACAAAGUGAUGAAGCAGGUUCACCCGGAUACCGGCAUCUCCUCCAAGGCCAUGGGCAUCAUGAACUCGUUCGUGAACGAUAUUUUCGAGCGUAUCGCGGGCGAGGCUUGCCGCCUGGCGCAUUAUAACAAGCGGGCGACCAUCAGCUCCCGAGAGAUUCAGACCGCCGUGCGCCUGCUUCUUCCCGGGGAGCUGGCCAAACACGCCGUGUCGGAAGGGACAAAGGCGGUGACCAAGUACACCAGUUCCAAAUAAAGAUCCACACAUUGU